AUGCCCCCGUCUCACUAUUGCAACAUUGCCAUAAACUGGUCUGCUGGAGGCGGACACAACACAUCCCCUAACAUUCCCUACCAGGGUUUUGCAUACAAACCACUAUAUGUGGCGCACUUCGGUAGUUCAAGGAUUCGCCACCCGACAAGGAUCGCUGCUUUCAUUUCGGCCGUCGCACCUAAUUUGGUGGAACAUGUUGCAUGGGAGCAUACUUUCUACAAGAUCGAUCCAGGCCUUGAGAAAUACUCCAGCAGGUGGAAACUCGUUCAGCGUUUGAUCAAGUCUUUCUCCACGUUCCGCGAGCAGGAGAGGAGAACUUUGAUGCCGAAGGCAGGUGAAGGGGCCGAACGUAGUAAUGGAAAUGAAGAGUUUGGUCCAUCUGCCAACCACUACGGAGUUGUGCAGCCAGCCCAGGAGACCGAAAAUGGGGAAGCAGCUGCUAGUAGUGACACCGACGGGGAUGAAGGGGGUUCCUCGGAGGACGAAGGGGAUUCAUCGGAUGAAGAUAGCGGAAGUGAGGGCGAGUAG